UAUCUCUCUCUUCCUUUCUCUGAAAUUAAUAAAGAUGUAUUUUUUUAAAAAGGGUAGAGAGUGUUGAGCAUGCACUUCCAACAUAGGUUUAUUUGUAAGUUAAAGAUAUGUGCUAUCUUUCACAUUUAAUGCACACUAUAAAGCAUGUGCUAAAUAAGAGUUAAAUAACAGCUUUGAAUCAUCUUGCAUUUCCCACAUUUGGAGAUCAUUGUUAUCUUUCUAGCCUGGGUACCUAGGGAGAGUGGUAGGGGAUGUGGCUGGAACAGAGGCCUAAGACCAUGUUGUGAAGGGCUGUGAAUGGUAGGCAUAGAUAUUUAGGUUUUAUCCUAUAGGAAGCCACUGAAAGUCUAAGAAGGUAAGUCACUUGGAGAGAUGCUUAGAGAGACUACCCUGGCUGUGCUCUUUCUAUCUUUUUUUCUGGAGCUUAGCUUUUUAAAUGUGGGAGGUCUGUCAUCAACCUGGGGCUGAACACUCCAAGGACUCUGAUUUCUCUCUUGAUGUUUCUGUAGGUGACAGCCCCCUCACCCCACACCCGAACUCUGAAAAACAACUCCUGAGACCUGAAUUACAAACCAUCAUUUCAAUUGGACAAACUGCUGCUGGAACAAGCUUCUCUUCGGGGUCAUAAUGGCCACCCAAGGCAGGGGAACUUUAGGCCUCAUCUCCAGGGCUGGUGUUCUCCAGAAGCAGGAGGGACGCCUGACCGGAAAGCAGGAGCCAGGGAGCCAGACCUGGGGGCAAGGCUGCAGCCUCCAAAAGAAUCACCCUCCUGUUUGUGAAAUUUUCCGGCUACACUUCAGGCAGUUAUGUUACCAUGAGAUGUCUGGGCCGCAGGAGGCGCUGAGCAGGCUUCGGGAGCUCUGCCGCUGGUGGCUGAUGCCAGAGGUGCACACCAAGGAGCAGAUCCUGGAGCUGCUGGUGCUGGAGCAGUUCCUGAGCAUCCUGCCCGGCGAGCUCCAGACCUGGGUACAACUGCAUCACCCCGAGAGUGGUGAGGAAGCUGUGGCCGUGGUGGAGGAUUUCCAGAGACACCUCAGUGGACCAGGAGAGGAUUCAGCUCCAGCACAGGAACAGGAAAUGCAUUUGGAGGAGAUGACAGCCUUGAGUGCAACAGAGGAAUCUCCUCCUGCCUCACCUCUCAGUGAUAAUUCAGCCCCUGGAGCCCACCUGGAGCCUCUUCAUGUCUCAGGGCCAUACUGCCUCUCCAAUGGGCACUCUGCUCAACGUGUUUCCCCAGUGCCUGCCCCUCCCCAAGUGGGGAACACAGGAGACCAAGCAGCAGCAUCUGUGCUUCGGAUGACUAGGCCCCAGGGGUCUGCAGCGUACAAGUGCCUGUCUGUGGACUAUGCUGAGAAGAAGCGGGAAGGUCCAGCACUGAGUCAGAGAGCCCUGUACCACAGCAUCGUGCCAGAAACUGACCCCAGCAUAGCCUCACUGGGUGAGACUCAGAUGGAGAAUUCAGAGUUACCUCCAAGGCAGGAGAUUUCCAAAGGAUCAGAGUCAUCUGAUGGGACAUCAGGAGGCCUGUAUGGGGAGGUUCCUGGGGGACCAGGAGCUAGAAAUGCCUGUGAAGAUGCUUUAGGGAAGCUAGAAGCACAACCCUCAGAAGAGGAAGGGAGCGGACUACAAAAUAAUUUCCUGGAAAUAACACACGAAUAUAAAAACAAAUCCCCAAAAGAUGGAUGUGAUGACUAUAAGGACCUUGGGGAACAUCAGAAUAUGUCCUGCAGUCCUGCAGAACAUCAGGUUCUAAAGUCACAGAAAUUCUAUCAAUGUGAUGAUUGUGGUAAAGCUUUCAGUUGGAGUUCACACCUUACUGGCCAUCAGAGAAUCCACACUGGAGAGAAACCCUAUGAGUGUAAUGAGUGUGGUAAAGCCUUCAGGCAGACCUCUCAGCUUAUGGUUCAUCUUAGAACCCACACAGGGGAAAAACCGUAUGAAUGCAGCAAGUGUGGGAAGACCUAUCGACACAGUUCCCAUCUCAUUCAACACCAGAGACUCCAUAAUGAGGAGAAACCAUAUAAAUGUAAUGAAUGUGCAAAAGCCUUCACUCAGAGUUCCCAACUCACUGACCACCAAAGAACCCAUACUGGGGAGAAACCUUAUGAAUGCAAUGAGUGUGGGGAGACCUUCAUUCAGAGUAAAAGUCUUGUCCAACAUCAGGUACUUCACUCUGGUCAGAAACCCUGCAAGUGUAAUGAAUGUGGGAAAGCUUUCUGUUCUAAUAGAAAUCUUAUUGACCAUCAGAGAAUUCACACUGGGGAGAAGCCUUAUGAGUGUAACGAGUGUGGCAAGGCCUUCAGCCGGAGUAAAUGUCUUAUUCGACAUCAAAGUCUGCACACUGGGGAAAAACCAUACAAAUGUAGGGAGUGUGGAAAAGCUUUCAAUCAGAACUCUCAACUUGUUGACCAUGAGCGAAUUCACACUGGAGAAAAACCGUUUGAAUGUAAUGAGUGUGGUAAAGCAUUCAGCCUGAGUAAAUGUCUUAUUAGACAUCAGAGACUUCACACAGGUGAAAAGCCCUAUCAGUGCAAUGAAUGUGGAAAAUCCUUCAACCAAAACUCACAUCUCAUUAUACACCAGAGAAUUCACACUGGGGAGAAACCUUACGAAUGUAACAAGUGUGGGAAGGUCUUCAGUUACAGCUCUAGUCUAAUGGUACAUCAGAGAACCCAUACCGGGGAGAAACCCUAUAAAUGCAACAAUUGUGGGAAAGCCUUUAGUGACAGCUCACAACUCAUUGUGCACCAGAGAGUUCACACUGGGGAGAAACCCUAUGAAUGUAUUGAGUGUGGGAAAGCCUUCAGUCAGCGUUCCACUUUUAAUCAUCACCAGCGAACUCACACUGGAGAGAAGCCUUAUGAAUGUAAGGAGUGUGGGAAAGCUUUCAGUCGGAGUUCAGGUCUCAUUUCACAUCACAGAGUUCACACUGGGGAGAAGCCCUACACGUGCAUCCAGUGCGGGAAAGCCUUUAGCCGUAGCUCAAACCUAACUCAACAUCAGAGAAUGCACAAAGGGAAAAAAGUCUACAAAUGUAAGGAAUGUGGGAAAACAUGUGUGUCUAACACAAAGAUUAUGGACCACCAAAGAAUUCACACAGGGGAGAAGCCUUAUGAAUGUGAUGAGUGUGGAAAAGCUUUUAUCUUAAGGAAAACCCUUCAUGAACAUCAGAGACUUCAUCGUAGAGAGAAACCUUACAAAUGUAACGAGUGUGGGAAAGCUUUUACUUCUAAUCGAAACCUUAUUGAUCACCAGAGAGUUCACACUGGAGAGAAACCCUAUAAAUGUAACGAAUGUGGAAAAACCUUCAGGCAGACUUCUCAAGUUAUUCUACAUUUGCGAACCCACACUAAGGAGAAGCCCUAUAAGUGCAGUGAGUGUGGGAAAGCCUACCGUUAUAGCUCACAGCUUAUUCAACACCAGAGAAAACAUACAGAGGAGAAAGAAACCUCAUGAAUAACAUAAGCUGUUGGCAGGAGGACUGAUUGCUACUUUUCAGAAAGGCAGUUUUUCAGUAUUAUCAGCCUUAAUUCUAUUUCUAAGAAUCCAUACAGGGAAAGUAAUCAGAAGAAGACACAGAUUAACAGAAGAGAUGUUCAUGCUAGCAAGGUAUAUAAUUGCAGGAAGAAAACUAGGUUUUCAACCGUACAGGGUUUAAGUCAAUGAUGGUCUAUCCAUAGAAUGGUUUUGCAGCCAUUGUAAGGAUUUUUAGAGAAUAUUUAAUGCCAUAGGGGAAAUGAUUUGGAAAAUGGAAGAUAAAAGAAAGAAAAAACAAUGGCGUAUGAUCCAAAUUUAAAAAACAACAACACAUUUAUGCAUAGGAAAAAAAUGAGAAUGAAAUAAUACCAAACCGAAAUGUUUAUAGUGAUUAUCUCUGGGUGGUAGGAUUACAUGUGAUUUCUAUUUACUUCCUUAUACUUUUCUAUGUUUUUUCGAUUUUCUACAAUGAAAAUGUACUCCUUUUAUAUUUUAGGGGAAAAGUAUGGUAUUUUCAAAAUGCAAUGAGAGCGUGCUCAUUUUUGCUAAACAGUGUUAGGGGAGGCACAUAGAAUGUAGACCCUAAAGUCCAAUACUGGCACCUAGCAGCAGUGUAACCGUGAACAAGUCACUUCCUUUUAGAGCCUGUUUCCUGUUUAGUAAAAGCAUAAACACCAGUCCUUGGUCUUCUUUCAGCUUUAAGAUAAGCUGACUCUAUAGUUGUCAACCAAAUGUAUAUCCAUUUACUCCAUCAAUGAGUCAGUAGAACAGAGCACAAAUUUACUAUUUCCUUUCCCACAGCUGCAGAAGGACCUGCAGAUGAUAGGACGCCCGCCGAGGCUCCAUCUUUGCAGUAUAUGUCUGCAAAACCAGCAAAAGUGUGUCCUUAUGAAACUGAAACAAUUGCAGGUCCAUAGUCUUUAAAGAGAUAUAGUCAGCAUGAUCUGCAACUAGGGGAAGACUCCUUCACCUUCGCAUGUUAUAUAGAGGUUAGUAGCUAAAAGUGUAGACUUUGGGGUGAGAGACGCACGUGUUUUAAUCCCAAAUUGACACACUAGCUUGUCAGUUUUGGACAGGUCACUAACUGCUCUUAGCCUCGGGUGUGUCUGCAAAAAAGGACUGACUGUCUACCUCACAGGGCUGUGGGAGGAUGAGACGGCUGAUGAUACAUGUAAGGUGUGACGAGCUCAGCACAUGGCAAAUAAUAAUAGCUUAAGUAGAGGACAUUGGAGCAGUGUUUCUAAACGCUUAGCCAGUGGUUCCAGAAGAGUGUUCCCUAAGGGGGCAUUUCGGGGAUUUCCAGGUGCAAUGAACAUGAAGCCAAGUACUUAAAGCUUAAGACCAUCGUUUGCUUACGGGGAAGCCUAGAGGUAAGCAGUUCCAAAUUUUGUUUGGCAACUCAGCAGUUUAUCAGGUUUCCAUCUUAACUCCGUAACAUUCAGCACGUGGUCUUUCUGUUUUUGCAACCUUAUGGUUGCAUGAUGGUGGCCGCAGCUGCAAGCUCUUCCCACAACCCCGUCAAACUCAGGAAGCGAGGCAAGGAGCUGAGACUCUCUCAUCUGGUUUCUUUCUCUUUUUAUCAUUAAGGGAAAACCCUUCCCAGGAGGAAGGGAUGCUGAGCAGUCAGUUAGAAUCUCCCCACAUUUAACUCAGACAUUCCUCUUCCUUUAUAGACCGUGAAUCCCUAAGCCUGAUGCCAUUCAUCUUAUGCACAUAGUGAUUUAUUGUUUCAGGAACUAUUGAGGAUAUGUUAACUCAUUUAAUCCCCAGAACUUUGUAUAAGAAAACUGAGUGUCAGUGAGGUUAGGUGACUGGCUAAUAAGUGGUUGGAGUCAGGAUCUGAACUCAGAUCUGACUUUCAAGUCCGUCCUUUCUUCCUUAUGCCAAAGUGCCUCAGCCCACCGCGGUGGUUCUAUGUGUGGAGUGGGAGACCAGUUGGGAUUCUUCUGAGUAGCCACUUCUAUGAAAGGUGAGUGUAUCUGGACAGUUAUUUCAUCACAGUUUCAUAAGGAAGAUGCUUUUCUGAGUUAGAUUUAUGGCCUCUCUCCGUACCUUGUAAUUUAGUUGUAAGGACUAUAUAUGUUUCUUCUUUGCUGUUACUGGAAAGAGGGAAGUGGAAAGUAUGAAGGGUAUAUUUGUGUAAAAAAGGACUGUUUGGUUUUAUCCUGUUUUCAUAGGAUAGUGGCUUACACAUAAUGUUAUGAUAUAAUAGUCCCUCUUUGCCUAGUUAUUCAGAGCAAGGUUUGGAGGCUCUGGAACAGAUUGCUGCCUUCAGGGGGCAGGACUGACUCCUGAGGAAUAUGAAGAGGUGAUAUUUUAACCACAGACACCCUGGUUGUGCAGAGUUGUUCUUGUGUGGAAUAGAAAUAAUAUGUUUCUUUUUAGUUGAGAGAAAAGGAGUGAAAUAAAGUCAUUUUAUAUAGCCUUGAUUAACAGGAAAUAUGACCAAUAGGUUGUUGCACAGAGGAGUGUCUCCCUAGGUUUAGAGAUAUUUGUAAUUGACGGCAUGUACUGUUAGGGUUUACCUGGAACAGAAGAAAAUUGAAACCAAAAGAGCUUCAAAUGUUCGAGUAAUUCUGUUGAAAGUAAAUUUCAGCUUGGUAUCCUCAGUGACAGACUUCCUUCGUUGGUUUUUUCAAUUGAAUAUAAAUAAAAUAGCAUCCUUAUAUUGUUAGAUUGUUUUUAGGAACUAGACUGUCUUUAAUUACCUGUGAUGUUAUAAAACUGGAGUCAUAAAACUGUUUUUUGCAGGAAGUAGUUAUAAUCCCACUAAUAAAUAUCUGUUGUUAUUUACUUGUUAUAAA